GUUUUAUUUCGACGCGGACCGUGAAAACACGCAUGCGCGGGGGCGUACAGAAAACGCAUGAGAAAGUGUGAUAGUUGGAAGUGCACACAUGGAUUCUCAGAAAGAUCUCCAGCCGCCCAAACAGCAGCCUAUGAUUUACAUCUGUGGAGAGUGCCACACAGAAAAUGAGAUCAAGGCCCGGGAUCCCAUCAGGUGUAGAGAGUGCGGCUACAGGAUCAUGUACAAGAAGAGGACGAAGCGCCUGGUUGUGUUUGAUGCUCGAUAAACUCACGUUCUUCUCUUCCUGGUUUCACAUCAGUUGAUUGUUGUGUCCUGUCAUGUAAAUAACUUGGAAAGUAAAGAGGGCGUUUUACACGCGAUGCUGUACAGGUACAGGCUUAAAGACUGGACUCUGGCAGCCAGCGAUGUUCUGCUCCUGACUGCGGCCUGACCCGACACGCCCGACCGCAGAACACACUGGGAGGGCAGGAAGCGGUUCUGCAGCAGUUUAUUCAGAAUGCUUGUUUGCAAUAAAUGUUUUGAUUUCA